AUGUUAUCAUCCGCAAGAAUCAUCCGCAAGAUCAUUGUCAGACUCAUCCACAAGAUCAUUAUCAGACUCAUCCGCAAGAUUCAUUAUCAGACUCAUCCGCAAGAUUCAUUAUCAGACUCAUCCGCAAGAUUCAUUAUCAGACUCAUCCGCAAGAAUCAUCAUCAUCAUCACCAUCAUCAUCAUGCCCGCUAUCCUGCAAUCGCUAUGUCGGAUUUCGAUUCAGAUGACCCUGCCGGGUCCCUGUUCCUCAACCCAGAGGAAUGCAACCUUUCCCCUAUUCUUCCUGCUCGGACAUGCUCCCGUCUGGCCGCUCUCCCAUCUCCUUCUGUUCUGCUCCGAUUCCUGGCCGCAAAAGAUCAUGCAAGUCCUCCGCUCCCCCCGCCAAGCGCAGCAGAGGCCGUCCCAGAUCUGUCCCAGCAGCAGCCACCGAUAUGCCCGCUUCUUCUCACUGCGUCGAUGCAAGCCUCUGACCCUCUGUUCAACGGUUCUUCUGCCGUUGAGCAGCUCUCAGCCUCCCUCCGCUCCACUCUGGACUCACUCACUCAAUCAGUCUCGACGCUGUCUGCACGCCUCCAAAACUUGGCAAAUCCCCACACUGCCACGUCAUCCCUGCAGCUGCCUGCUCAGACGGACAUCCCCCCUCCCAUCCCCUCAUUCACAUUAGCAAACGCCCGCCCCGGACCAUCCUUGGCCCUCUCGGAGUAGCCACCAGAAAAUAUUCUGAAAAAAGAGGCUCAUUCUGAUUUAUCCGCCCCCCACACCGGUCAUCACUCCUCGAUCAAUAGCCUCAUCCCGCCUUCCCCCUUUCCCCUUCAUUACGCUUCCGUGGAUCACGCUAUUCUUCUGAUCAAACGCACCGGCAAAGGAGCCUGGCUAGCUAAAGCCGACAUCACCGAUGCGUUCAAAAUCAUCCCUAUUCAUCCCUCCCAGUGGCACCUGUUCGGUGCUAAAUGGAAAUCUCUUUUCUAUUUUGCUGUCCGUUUGACGUUCGGGUGCAGGAGUAGUCCAUGUCUCUUUGACAAAAUCUCAGAAGCUCUAUGCUGGAUUCUCCUCAAUGUCACCCAUCUUCCAUGCGUUCUUCGUCUCCUGGAUGACUUCCUUCUUAUUGAUCCUCCCUCUAAACUUCCCAGUCUUUCUCUUCCCAAGCUAAAUGAGCUCUUUUCCCGCCUCGGUGUUCCCCUGUCUGAAGAGAAAACUAUUGGCCCUGCUACAAAAAUCGAGUUUCUCGGCAUCGAGCUUGACUCAGUGGCCAUGAUGGCAUCCCUGCCCGCAGAUAAACUGUCUCGAAUCCGUGAGAUCUCUCAGUCCUUUUGUUCUGCAUCAGUCGUGUCUAAACGCCAACUGCUCUCCCUGCUAGGUCAUCUAAAUUUCGCCAUGCGCAUUAUUCCUCAAGGUCGCUCUUUCAUGUUUUGGGGGGUUCUUUCAGGACAGGUGGUUCGUGGGUUCAUGGCCUUCUUCAUUCAUCACCCAAUCAUCCGCUCUGUGUGA